UUUAUUAUGGCCCCGCCCUCCUGUGUAGCACUCUGUAUCUAACUGGCGGGUAUAAUGAAAGUGUCUAGAAUAAAUAAUAAUAUAAUAAUAAACAAACAGUAAAUAGAGUUUGAUUUCCAGUAGUAAUUUAUAAAAUAUGAGGUUAUUAAAUGUGUUAUUUAAAUAAGACACUAGAGCUGGCUAACGCUUCUGUGGUGGCUAAGCUAACAGUUUCUGAAGCUUGUGUACACUUUUAUAUUUCCGGUCAGUGAGGAAGGAAACCCGCAGGUUGUGGAGGUGCAGCGGAGCUCCGAGCUCCUGAAGCAUGCAGAGGUGACGUGGACAUGAAUCCGUCAUUCAGGCGCAAAGUCAGCGAUGGCAGAAGCGCAGGAUCCCGAGCUAGGAGCCACCAAAGCGGGGAGCAGGAGGAGAGAACAAGAACCCCGAGUGGGGCUUCAUCUCCAUCCAGAGAAGAUCCGAGUGCUGAGACUGAGUACCAGGAGGGUCCGAGACCAGCAGGAGCGAGGGAAGAAGCGCCGCCUGGUGUGUCAUCAGACGAUGAUGCAGAGAAGAGGCUUAUCAUCACAUUCGAUAACGAGAAAAGCGGCUCGCGGCAAAGCGGCAAAGCGAAAGGAGGAGUGAAGAGGAAGAGAGAGAUGAGUGAACCAGGGUCACAGGGACGAGAGGACGAAGAGGAGGAGGAUGAGCUUAGGCCCGAGGUGGAGAUCGAUCAAGAGCUGGACAGGGAGCUGGAGAACAAGUCUCGGCAGCAUAACCUGACCUCGGCGAACGUGCGCAGUAUUUUACACGAGGUGAUUACCAACGAGCACGUCGUAGCGAUGAUGAAAGCUGCCAUCAACGAGACUGAGCCCGUUCCCGUGUUCGAGCCUAAGAUGACUCGCUCUAAACUGAAGGAGGUGGUGGAGAAAGGAGUGGUCAUUCCUACCUGGAACAUUUCCCCGAUCAAGAAACCAAACAAAUUGAAGGCUCCUCAGUUUGUGGACAUUCCUUUAGAGGAGGAGGACUCGUCUGAUGAAGAGUAUCACCCUGACGAAGAGGAGGAGGACGAGACGGCAGAGGAAACACUUCUGGAAAGCGAUUUGGAGAGUACAGCAUCAUCACCACGUGGCACACGACUAAGCCUCAACAGAUCCUACGAAUAUGAUCAAGAAAACAGCUGCAGCCCCAGACAGAGCUCACGCAGGCCACAGCACGUGCGGGUGGCCGUCGUGCCCAUGGGCCCCCCUCCACCCCCCCAGGGCCUGGAGCCUCCUCGACCCCUGACUGAGUGCAGCUUUAUGGAGAAACUCCAUGCUGUAGAUGAGGAGCUGGCUAUUGGUUCUGACUGCAUGGACUCUUACCAGUCUCUCACCAGUAACGGAGAAGAAGGUGAAGAAAGUCUGAUGGCUUUCCGCACUCGUUCCAAGCGGCCGCUUAGAAACGUGCCCCUGAACCGUUUAGAGGCGGAGCUUCGGGCUCCUGACAUCACUCCAGAUAUGUAUGAGUUUGGCUCCGCCCCCGAGGACAGGGAGUGGACACAUUGGCUGCAGGGACUGAUGAACUCUGACAUGGAGAACGAAGAGGAGGGUGACGACGAGGACGAUCCGGAGUAUAACUUCCUGGCUGAUAUCGAUGAGCCAGAUGUGGAGGAUUACCGCAACGACAAGGCCGUACGCAUCACCAAAAGGGAAGUGAACGACCUGAUGGAGGAGCUGUUUGAUGCUUUUCAGGAUGAUUUAGGGGGCCAGGAUGAGGAAGGCCAUGAGGAGGAAGAGGAAAAAGAGGAAGAAGACAAUCUCCAGCAUGAGCCACCAAGUAUUCUGGAAACAAUUCAGUAUGAGGACCCUCUGGCAGACAUUCUGAAUCAGCGUUACCGCACAGUAAAGGAGCAGCUGGAUGCUAUCCGCAAGCGCAAGGCUCUGUUAGAGAGUAAAGGAGUCGCCAUUCCUCCUAAACGCCCCACUAACUCCGCCUCUUUCUACAUAAGCCCCACCCAGAGGCUCCGCCUCCAGCAGCAUAUGCAACAGCAUAUACAGCUCCUGACUCAGGUGAACAUGCUAAGCCGGUCAGUGGAAGGUCUUCAGACGGAGGCCUCCACAGCUCGACAGUUCCUGUUAGAGCUGCAGUUCUUCGCACAGCAAGGAGAACAUCUACAGCAGGUCACGAAUCCUAGAUUUGUCAGCAUCUUUAGAGCCUGUAACCUGCAGGCUGCUCUGUCGCUCCUUGACGAAUUGGAUCAGUCUCCUAAAUCGGACUCUCAGGGCCCUUGUCCAGUGUUCCCAGGGUCUGAGAUUCCAGCCGAUCUGGCCUGGUUGAUGGUGACACGGCCGGUGUUCCUCUACCCACAGCUACUUCCUGUGGUCCGAGUGCGUCCAUUCAGUCAGAAAGGGCCGUUUACAUCAGCAGAAAAAUGUUUGGUGGUUUUGGGCCACCAGCAUUUAAGCGGCACCGUGAAUCCUUUGAAGCUGACCAGCCAGUACCUGCUCGCAGCGAGGAACUUCAUCUGCCUGAGAAUGUACGUCCGCUCGGAGUGUCGCAAACCACAUCCCAACUUCAUAAAGAGAUUCUUUUUAGAAGGAAAAUGUCCCCCCAUGCCUUUGGCCAGUGAGAAAGUCAGUCCCAGUGAUCAGCGCCCCCCGGUGGAAAGAGAGACACGCCUCAUGCCUCGCUGGCUUUCGGAAAACCUAAAACUAAUCCACGAAGAAGUCCGAAAGUACAUCUUCAGCUCUCCGAUCCUGAGGAAAGUUCUGCCACAAAAGAUCUCUCGUCCUCUCCGUCCUACAGUUUCCCCAGGUACUCGCUACCCUCCCAACCUUCCUGAAUCCCUCUCCCUCGCCCUUAAACCACGACUUCUCCCAAGUGCUGCUUCCUGUCGAAAAAAGGCAUCGCGCGCCGCAUCUUCGCGCUCUCCACCCCAGUCCAAACCACCACCAUCAACCGAAGAUGUGGAGAAAGCUCUGAGUCGUCUCCCUCCUCUUUUGCCAAAGUUUGCGGACCGGAACGACGCUCCCGCUCAGACUGGGGCUUCAAAGAAGCCAAAAAACAAACGCGGCGCUAAAUCCGCUAAAAAUUCCACGAAGCCUCCACCCGUGGGUGCAAAAAAUAAGGUUAUAAAUUCGAGAAACCGACAGAAGCUCGAAACCCAGAGAGCGGUUCAGAGUCCCGCGACAGCAGGUCCAAACGUCAUCGUGACUUUACCGCUCAUUUGUUCUACCCCGAGUGCUACGCUUCUGACACCUCCAUCCUUCACCCCGCUGGUUAACGAGAACAUGAGCCAACGCUGUGGCACUCUUCUCAAACUGAGCAUGGGACAGAAACCUAAUCUAAACCCUUUAUCUGUAUCUUCUCAAUUUAUUCUCCUGCCUACAGGCUACGUUCUUACCAACAGCACUAACCUCCAUCACAGCCAAAAAUCCACCGCAGUUCAUGAACCAGGGCACCUCGAUGUUGUUUUAGGGAACUUUUCAAAAAAUACGGUCAAUCCUCCAAGUAGCUUUGAAGAUAUCACCGUCCAAGAAAACGAUGAAACGGCACCGAAGGUUCACUCGGACGACCUCGAGUGCGGAGAAGACGACUUCAGAGAGCCGUUCCUCACUUUGUCGGAAUCUUCCGGAAGCCCGGCGCCUAGCUUGUCUGGAGAUGACGCCACGGAGGCCGUGACGGACGGGGAAGUGAAAGAUGUAGAAGAACAAAGGCUGACUGACGGAGAGGAAGACGAGAGGGAAUGCGCAGGGAUACCGGAGGAGACGUGGAGAUCCAUUGGAAACAUCACGUCACCUGCUUCUGUAACGUCAGAGCUUCAGACGACGGACAAAUUCUCCAAGCUGGCAUCGGAUUCGAACGGAAAAACACUUUCGGCUGAUGGGGAAUCGGAUGGUGGUGUAACAGGAGCCAUAAUCCCAGAGCCAGAGCUUCUCUAUGAAGAUUUACCCGACGAUCCUCUGAGAGACGUGAAAGACGUAGCCUUUGCACAAGCGUAUUUAGAGAAGGUGUGCGAGGCUCUGCAGGCCGUCCCCGGGAAGGUGGAGGAUUUCCUGAACGUGCUGUACGAGUUUGAACGUAACCCAGAGGGCAGGACUGCAGUGGAGCUCUUCGGGAGACUUAGACCCGUGCUGAGCGACUGGCCUGAGCUGCUGCGGGACUUCGCCGCAUUUCUGCACCCAGAACAAGCCCAAGAGUGCGGCCUGCUGAAGGAGCAGCAGGCGUUCGAAAGGAGUCGGAGGUUCCUCCGGCAGCUGGAGCUUGGUUUCGGAGAGCACUCCAUGCACUACAGGAAGGUUGUGCGCACUCUGCAGCAGGGGCUACCGAAAAGCCACAGAGGCUCAGAGGAGAUGAAGGCUCAGAUAGCGCUGCUCUUUCGUGACCACGCCCACUUGCUGGAAGAGUACUGGGUGUUUUAUGAGCAGCUCCACCCCACGAUGCAAAGUGUCUCCGAUGAUGAAGACGAGGAAGAGAACGAGGUAGAGCCUGACAACAUGCCCAGUGCGCAAAUGAUGGAAAGUCUGAAGAAGGCGGAAAAAGAUCAAAGCCACAUGCAGAGUACCGAUGGUCUUGCAGAAACGGAGAUGAUGGACGAGCAGAGCGGAGAAGAAGAUCCACAGUCCCACUUUCAAGCGUCACAGAGUCCCGUUUGUGCCAAAAACUGUUCACGCAUGCCAAGUGGAGAGAAAGUUGUGCUCUGGACCAGAGAGGCAGAUCGUGUGAUACUCACUGCAUGUCAGUGGAGAGGAGCCUGUCACAGCACUUUUAAAUCUGUUGCAGCUCAGCUGGGCAACAAAACGGCCACAGAGGUUGGCGCACGCUAUCAGGACCUCAUAAAACUGUUCCACACGUCCACGAAGCCGCAUAACAGCAGCCAGAUGGACCCUGAGGGCCAGUUCCGUCCGACUGAAGAGAAACCAGACUAGUUGCUUGUCCACGAUUCAUAAAAAAAAAAUUAAAAAAACUAAUAUUAAUUGUGUUCGAUUAAGAACGCUAGGAACACCAACUCUGAGGUCAGAUAAACCAGUCUUAGACACAGGAAACAUCUGGGGUCUCUUGUUUAACUUAAUUGUUAGACUGAAAGGCAGUUUUUUUACUAAAAUCUUGGUGUGGAAAAAAAUUGUGGUUUGAGGUAAAAACACUGAAGUUGGACGGUGGUUGUGUAUGGUUGAGCUGCGUCAGAGUGAACUUUUGGAAAAUUUGCUACAGACGAAGUUUUUCUCCAUGGACAUCGGAACAAUAUAUGAAAUUGUAUUUUGCACUAUGAAUGUUCACAGGACACGGGAAUAUGGGACAUCAGUGCAUCCUACACUAUACACACAUUAAUGCACAUUCAUAAACUUGGCUUAAUCAAUGGACAAAUUAUUACACCCAAAAUUUUUCCUGGAGGAAACCAGAGAACCAGGAUGAACGUUACAGAAAGCCAAAAGGGUGUUAUGAUGGUCGAAGGUUGUAGCAUGACUCAGCUGGUCUGACAUUAAAAUGCAAAGAAUACUUGAACACACAAAAUGUUUUUGAAUAAAAAUGAUCAAUGUAUUUAUUAGUGUGAAACUGUUGAGAGGAAAUUAGCUGUCUUAUUUAUAUUUUUAUGGUCAGUUUAAAAAAAAACAAAAAAUAAAACAUGACAGGCUGAUAAACCUUGUGUGAAAUUGAGGUGCUGUGACAGAUUUUUGUAAUAAUGUGGUGCUUAUGUGCUAAUAAAAACAAAAAAAUGCGG